CCGGGAGCAGGGCAUGAUUCCGUAAUAUUUAUUUUCCACUCUACGACCGUGAGUCACUACCUGGCCGACUGCGGCGCCGUGUACACCUACGUGUAUAUAUAAUAUUUCUUUUGUGUCCUCGUGAAGCUAUUUGCGCGCGUGUUGUGAUAGUGAAGUGAGAUUUAGAAAUCAAUUGACAACAAUAGCAGAAAAAAAUUUUUAACAUCGAUUAACAAGUGUGACAGGAAGUUAAUACAAAAAUAAUAACGACAAACGGAAAUGCGCCAGUGUUUAUCAGGCAUUAAGGAUUCAUAACCUUCGCAGGUGCGGCACGAUCGAUGUACUACCAGGCUAGACUUGCCAUUUCAUUUCCAAAAAGGCCAACAAUUCUUGAGAAUGGAAAUUCGUUUUUUCAAUUUGAGGGAAAUACUCUCAAAAAGAUAAAAUUUCGAUUUUUAGAAGUGGUGCGAUUAGGAAUAAGAAUUGAUUAGAUUUGGAUGAGAAGUAAUGAUUUGAAGGGAACAACUAUUAGUAGUAAAUAGUACUUAGUAAGUAAGUUACAAACAAAUCUGUUGUAGAAACUCAUUUGCUUCCAGAAUAUACAAUUAAAACCAUUUUGUUAGUCACACAAAGGAUUUAUGAUUUUAAAGAGGUUGGUACAUCAAUAGAAUCGUGUUCUUCAUUAUCAAAAUUAGCUUCAGUAAUCCAUAGAGAUAAACUAAAAAUCCAAUAAUCAGAUUUGAUAUCUGCUGAUAAAAAAAACUUUAGUAUCUAUGCGUCGAUGAACACAGGUGUCUGUUUGUGUUUCGGAGCGGAAUAAAAAUUUUUGGGUCGCGCAGGUUGCUUUAUGCCCCUAUUUUAUAUAUAUAUAUUCUUUAUAGAUGAAGUCACGGUCGGCGCGAAAUCUAGAACAACGAGAUUAAAUGGGUUCGCGAAGAAACGUCUCGCACUGUUGCAUCACACAUAUAUAGAUUCAAUGUCAAACGCGCAAGGAGUGAAAAAAGUUUUAGCUUCCGGCGACUUAAGAUUUUAAUGACGAAAAACCAGUUUUAUAGAGUUGAUUCACCAUAAAACGAAUUAUUGGAUAUUCAAGAUGAUGUUCUUAAGUGGAAAAAAGUUUUUUGAAAAAAGUUUUAGAAGCACAAAAAUAGUGAAAUAAGUGAUUAAUGAAUUAUGUUUGUGAAAAAUGAGAUGAAGCAUGAAAAGUGUAAAUUUUUAUUAAAGACGUCCACUUGUUGCACAAAAUAUUAACAUAUAUAAAUACUAUAUCCAAUUGGGUAUCAAUUUUAGUGAAUAGAAAAAAAAAUUGUGAAAUAUGUUGCCAAGAAAAGAGGGACAACCUGAGCCCUAUGCUCUUGAGGAUAUGAUCUCUGAUCUUCAGACGAGGAGGAAUUCCCUCGAUAAUGAUGAGGGUGAUCCUUUGGAAUUGCUCAAACAAAGAGAAAGGGAUUUGGUACUUGCUGCUGAAUUAGGAAAAGCACUUUUAGAAAGAAAUCAAGAAUUAACGAAACAAAGUGAUACACUUGCCGAGGAAUAUGCAGCAAAAUUAGAGAAUCUGGAGCAAGAGAGGCAUCUUCUUCGAAGAAGAUUGGAGGAGGCGAGGGACGAGAGUGAUGCUCGAGCCCUGGAACUUGAGGCUGAUGUUGAAUCGUUAAGAAGCCAAUUGGAGGAACAAAGCGAACGUUCACGAAGAGCUGAACGGGAUCAGGCGACUUUAGUUGUCGAAUUAACGGCCCAGAACACGCGACUCGCUGAUCAGUUGAGAGAAGCUGCAAAACAAGAAGAACAACUCCUUAUGGAAGUAAAAGUUCUCAGGGAAAAAUGCGCCAAUCGAAAUAAUACCCUUCAAGAUCAUGUCAGCAGUCUUGAAGUCCUUCGAGACGAGGUGCAAUUAGUCUCGGCUCAAAGAACAGAAUUGGAAAGGAGAUCUUUGGAAUUACGGGAGGAAAGGGCUCGAGCCUUGGCAGCCCUCGAGGAAGCCGAAGAGAGGGCCGCGGCCUUGGAGCGACUAGGUAACGAAGCAGAACACCGAGCGAGAGUAGCCGAGCAAGAAAGAGAUGAACUGUCGGCGGCUUUAGCAACAAUCGAGGCCGAACGAAGAGGAAGAUCAGGAUCGAUUCAGAAGCCACCGAGAUCACUGCAAGCGGAAAUGGAAUGCGAGGAGAGCGGAAGUUCACUGGGGGAGCAGCAAGAAGACCUUAGAGCGGAAGUGACACGAUCGUGUAAGCGUUUGAGGGAAUUGUGUUCCCGACUACGUAGGGGCGAGGACGACUCAGGUCUUCAGAGUGAUUGUGACGAGUCGAUGCUCGUCAUUGCCAAUGGCACCGAAGCCGAGGUGAAUUAUUGUCCGGGUGCUCUAUCCGAAUUAAUAGAGGAACUCUAUAGUCUCGCAUUACCCGGAAGUGGUGGUCCAAGUGAAUUGGGUCUUGCUGUUGAACUUCAUCGUGUGCGUGAGGAACUUGAGAGUACAAAGGAACAAUUGAAACAAACGCAAGAUGAAUUGAAGCGUAGGGGUGAGGCGCUAAUUGAAAUGACGAGUAAAUUGAGUGUUUCUGAAGCUGAAUUACGUGGUGCACGUGAGGAACGUGAUCGUGCAAGGGGCGAUAUUGAACACUCUGAAUUGACAAAGGACGAGAUCCUUGCACAGGCCUAUCAAAGUAGAGAUCAGGCGAUUGCAAGGAAAAAUAGAGUUGAAGUUGAACUUGCAAGGACACGAAUCGAUGUACUUCAAGCAAAUAGUCAACUAAUGGAGGCGAUUCAGCAAAAAAUUGAACUAAGCCAACAACUCGAACAAUGGCAAAUGGAUAUGCAAGCAUUGCUCGAUGAACACGUUAGAAGUAAAUUGACACCUGGUGCCUUAUCAUCAUCAUCAAAUGGUGAUGGAUCGGAUAUUGUUGCACCGGCGAGAAAAAAGCGUAAUUCAAGUACCUCGAAAAAGAGAUUUGGACUUUUUUGAAAGUUAGAGAUUUCUUUUUAUUCAUUAUGGCCGAAUCAAAAAUAAGGAUAAAAAAAAAAGAAUUCAAAACUAUUUUUAUUUUCAAAUUGAAUUUUUUUUUGGGAAAAUUAUUUUCCUGCAAAAGAAAAUUUAUGUAAAUUGAAUUCCGUAAUUAUUUCUUCGGUAGCAAAAUGUUUGACAAUUUGUAAUACUGUUUUUUUUUUAAAUGGAAUUAUUGCGAGAGAAGUGAGGCAUGAAUGCUUUCUUUAUUAUCGAUAAUAAUGGGCAUAUUGUGUCGCGUUGAGUCCUCGACAAGAACGGAAAUGUUCUUUAACUGAAAUGAUCUCUUCUUUUUUUUUUUUUUUUUUUUGAAUCAUAUAAUCUGAGUUUGUGACUCUCGGAUUGAAAGAGUUGAGAUUUGUAAAUUUUUUUUUUAUACAUUAUUAUCCGUCCAACGGAAAGUGAAGCAACCAAAAAUUGCGAAUGGAAGUGCGUUUAGAAUUUUAAUAGGAGUUUUAAAAGAAAAAAAAGUUUUUAUCCUUUUUAUACAAAAAAAUAUAAAUAUAUAGUGCAAUAUUAAAAGUUGAAUGGACAUGUGUACUUAAAAGUCGUGUGCCUUUUGCAAAAAAAAAAAAAAUAAAAAAAUUAAUUAAUAAAGUGAGAGAAUGAAAUAUUGUUAUAUAAAUUAAAGAACAACGACUAGAUAAAAUUUGUAAGAUAUUAGAAAAAAAGAGAGAGAGAGAAAGUGAUGAACGCGCACGUGACUUAAUCGAUAAAAAUCGAUUUUACUCAGUGUCGCUUAUUUAUUUAAUAAAAAAAAAUAAAAAAUUGUACAAAUAAGAAA